CGCUGCCAUGUUGAGGAGCCGCCGUUGCCGCUGCCGCCGCCGCCGCCGCCGCUUUGUUGUCGCCUCCUCCGGCUGAGGAGGCUCCCCGAGCGGGGGGAGUGGGGAGGAGGGGGGUCGGCCGCCACAGCCAUGGAGGCCAACUGGACCGCGUUCCUGUUCCAGAGAACAAGUUGGGGAAACCCAGUUCCCCUCUUAGAAGGCUUCAUAUAGAAGUGUGGGGAUCCUAGGAAUCCUCAGAAAGUGAUUCCCGUAGUGGUCGAGGCCUCCUACAGCAUUUCACCCAAGAAGCAGGGACCUGGUGUGACCCUCGUGUGAGAGUGAGCUUCAGCAAUGCUGUAAAAAUACUUUAUGUUGCCACAGACAUCUGAAUUGGUAAAAUGGCAGCCCAUGAAGCCUCCCAUCACCAACAGCAGGCAGCACAGAACAGCUUGCUGCCCCUCCUGAGCUCUGCUGUGGAGCCCCCUGAUCAGAAACCAUUGCUUCCAAUACCAAUAACUCAGAAACCUCAGGCUGCUCCAGAAACAUUAAAGGAUGCCAUUGGGAUUAAAAAAGAAAAACCCAAAACUUCCUUUGUGUGCACUUACUGCAGUAAAGCUUUCAGGGACAGCUAUCACCUGAGGCGCCACGAGUCCUGCCACACAGGCAUCAAGUUGGUGUCCCGGCCAAAGAAAACCCCCACCACGGUGGUUCCCCUUAUCUCCACCAUCGCUGGGGACAGCAGCCGAACUUCGUUGGUCUCAACCAUUGCAGGCAUCUUGUCAACAGUCACUACAUCUUCCUCGGGCACCAACCCCAGCAGCAGUGCCAGCACCACAGCUAUGCCUGUGACCCAGUCUGUCAAGAAACCCAGUAAGCCUGUCAAGAAGAACCAUGCUUGUGAGAUGUGUGGGAAGGCCUUCCGAGACGUGUACCACCUCAAUCGGCACAAGCUCUCCCAUUCGGACGAAAAGCCUUUCGAGUGUCCUAUUUGUAAUCAGCGCUUCAAGAGGAAGGACCGGAUGACUUACCAUGUGAGGUCUCAUGAAGGAGGCAUCACCAAACCCUAUACUUGCAGUGUUUGUGGGAAAGGCUUCUCGAGGCCUGACCACUUAAGCUGUCACGUAAAACAUGUCCAUUCAACAGAAAGACCCUUCAAAUGCCAAUUUUCCUCCCUCAUGCAGACAUGCACUGCUGCCUUUGCCACCAAAGACAGACUGCGGACACACAUGGUGCGCCACGAAGGCAAGGUAUCCUGUAACAUCUGCGGAAAGCUCCUGAGUGCAGCAUACAUCACCAGCCACUUAAAGACGCACGGGCAGAGCCAAAGCAUCAACUGUAAUACAUGUAAACAAGGCAUCAGUAAAACAUGCAUGAGCGAGGAGACCAGCAGCCAGAAGCAGCAGCAGCAGCAGCAACAGCAGCAGCAGCAGCAGCAGCAGCAGCAGCACGUGAGCAGCUGGCCGGGGAAGCAGGUGGAGACACUGAGGCUGUGGGAAGAAGCUGUCAAAGCAAGGAAGAAAGAAGCUGCUAACCUGUGCCAAACCUCCACGGCUGCUACGACACCUGUGACUCUCACUACUCCAUUCAAUAUAACGUCCUCUGUGUCGUCUGGGACUAUGUCAAACCCAGUCACAGUGGCAGCUGCAAUGAGCAUGAGAAGUCCAGUAAAUGUUUCAAGUGCAGUUAAUAUAACCAGCCCAAUGAACAUAGGGCACCCUGUAACUAUAACCAGUCCAUUAUCCAUGACCUCUCCUUUAACACUCACUACCCCAGUCAACCUCCCCACCCCUGUCACUGCUCCAGUGAAUAUAGCACACCCUGUCACGAUCACGUCUCCGAUGAACCUGCCCACGCCUAUGACGUUAGCCGCCCCUCUCAAUAUAGCAAUGAGGCCUGUAGAGAGCAUGCCUUUCUUACCCCAAGCUUUGCCUACAUCACCACCUUGGUAAACAGUAUUAUAAAGUCAAAAUAUGGGUUAAAGUAAAUAUUUACCAGCAACUUACUUUUAGUUUAUUAAAGCAAAAAGUAAACCAUGAAAUUGGGAGAUUUCAUUACAUUAGUUAAAAAAUAGUGUAGUAGCAUUUUUCUCCAAUUUGGCUGGGAUUGUUCAAAGUAGGGUGUGUAUGUCACAUAUCACUGGACCACUUUAGUUUAAUCAGAAAUUACUUUUAGCUGACAGCAUUGCUUAAACAGGAUAGUAGUUGGCAAGAUGAAAUGCCCAAAUUAAAACCAAUCAUAAAAAAGCAAAACCCAUUUCAAAAUAAGAAAAAUAAGCAUUUGUUUCUAAUCCCAAGAAAUCGUUUUAUUCUAAACACUAGCAGAGCUCCUCUCCCCAUAUGGUCAAGGUGGAUGGCUGAUUUUAACCUGAAGUUCUAACUCCACAGAUUGAGAGCUAGUGUAGAAUUGUCUGUGUUUAUUGUUUUUAUGAGUAAAUACACGCAUUGUCAUAAUAAAAUGCAUUUCAGAGAAUAUGCAUUUUACCUUUGGGAAUAUGUUAAUUUCAGGCAGCAUUCCCUAUGGGAAAGGUGAUACCAGCUCUGAUAUGCAAAGCAUAUGGUAAUUUAUCAUUCUAACGUCAACAUAUAAUAGGGAUUGUGACCUGAUAUUUGGAGAUGUAAAUAUUGCUCAGCAUACUAAUCCUGAUGGAAUAUAGCAUUGUAGUUGACUUUUUUAAAAAAUUAAAAAAAAAAAAAAACCAAGAUAUACAAAUAGUGUUUUGGUAAGAAAA